AUGGAGCCAACUCAAGGAAAGUUUGAGAUGGAGAAGUUUGACGGCAAAGGUGACUUUGGUAUGUGGAAGUUCAAGAUGAUGGGUCAGCUAGAGAUACAAGGUCUGCUUUCAGUUAUUAAAGAAGAUUUUACUAUCUAUUUAAAAUCUGAUAAGCAAGAAGAAGGAUCAGAAGCAAAGGUAUCAAACAAGAAGGCAGCUAAAGAUCUGGGAACAUGCUUAAGUGAUCCUAUUCUGAGGAAGAUUAUGCAUGAGACAACUGCAUUGGGCAUGUGGAAGGCACUUGAAAGGAUUUAUCAAACUAAGUCUCUUCCCUAA